CUGGUAGCCUUACUGCUGCAGGGUGGGCACAACCCGAGACUUAGGGACUCCGAGGGCCGGACCUCCCUAUCCUGGGCUGCGAGAAACGGACACUUGGGUGUCGUCGAACUCCUGCUUGCUACCAGCGACGCCAGUGAAGCCAGUGACGUAUGCGAUUACUCGGGCCGGAGCCCUCUCUCUUGGGCGGCAGGAAAUGGACACUAAGCCAUCGUCAAUCUUUUGCUGAGGACAAACAGAGUCAAUCCUGAUUCAAAGGACAACUACCGUCGAACGCCGUUCUCAUGGGCUGUGGCGAAUGGGUAUCACCGAACAGCUGAACUGCUACUCAGGACAGGCAAUAUCAAUGUUGGAAUGAGGGAUUUGACCGGCCGCUCGUCGCUACUAUGGGCUGUGUGUAGCGACAAUGUGGCUACCGUAAAACUGGUACUAAGCGCAGGA